CCGAGGCGCUCGUACAUGCCCUCUCACCAGUCACCAGUCUCCCGUCUCCCGUCUCCGUCUACCCACUGACUCCCGCUGCUGUUAAUCCUUGUCGGUACGGAGUGUAUGUAGUCGUUGUGUAAACUCUUACAAACAGUGCCAUUAAAUUUUAUGUGGGAUAAAGCUCCGUGUGCGACUCGGCAGUAUUGUGAUGUUUAAACAUUGUUUUGGCGGGAAGUACAUCGGUUUCAGAGUAACGCGAAUGGCUAUGUCGAGGUAUCACAGAUGAGAGAGAAAAGGAAAUAAGUAUAAUGUGUGUACGAAUAAAAUAUUUAAUACGAAACAGUGAGCACUCAACGCGAGUGGUUUUAAAUGUAAAGACAAUGUGCGUGUAAAUUCAAAGACGACGUCGUAUCAGCCGGAAGGGGGGUCGCUGGCGACCACGACCAGCUAUGGUAUGGACUUUGUACUGGGCAAUGACAGUGAUGAUUGGUGGAACGCGACGGAGACGAGUGCGCCGGACCUCUACAACUUCUGGGCGUGGAGCAUCGUGGACGGCGGGCUGAUGGUGCUCAUCAUCAGCGGCAACACGCUCACCGUCCUCGCCGUCACCAUGAGCCGCCGCCUCUCCUCGCUCGUCUCCAACCAGUUCGUGCUGAACCUGGCCAUAUCCGACCUGAUGGUGGGCCUCACCCUGCCCUACCAUCUGGUGUUCUACCUCGACGACGAUUUCGGCAAGAUCAAGUGGUCGUGCUUGAUGAGGUUCAUACUCAUAAUACUCGCGUGCCUCGCCUCCAUCUACAACAUCAUCGCCAUCGCUGUAGACAGAUACAUCGCCAUCGUGCACCCCCUGCACUACAGCCGGUACAUGACCAAGUUGGUGACUCGUCUCUUGAUGAGCACCACGUGGACGGUCGCCGUAUGCAUCAGCUGUAUACCCAUGUUUUGGAACGAUUGGCACAGCGGCGUCAGUUGCGAAAUGAAUGUCGUGGUACCUAAGGAGUACACAACGAGCAUCCUGGCACCCAUGUUCUCUCUCAUCUGGAUGGUAAUGUUCGUGCUGUACUGGAGGAUAUGGCGAGAGGCGACCUGUCACGCGAGGAGGAUGAGAGCCAACACCUGCUGCCCCUCCAGCGCUAAUGACUGGAAGAGCAUUCAGGUUGUACUCCUGGUCCUCGGUUCCUUCUCUAUCUGCUGGAUGCCAUUUGUCGUGGUGUCGUGCGCACAGACGUUACCCAUCGUGGGGCUCCACAACCCAAUAGUAUACCGUCUGACUUCAUCUCUCGCCAUGUCUAACUCAGGAAUCAAUCCCAUCAUAUACGCGUGGAAGAACGCCGGAUUCCGAGCAGCAUUUUCAAAGUUAUUGCGUUGCAAGCGUCCUGACACCUCCGAAUACAGGGGCUCCCCGGCCCCAGAGAGGAAGAGGGGUUCGGUGGCCCUCCGUGAGGGUUCGAUCACUCGAUCCACACCCGGCGGAGUGUCGACCACAGGGGGGGGAAGACCGGCUCGGCUGAUUUAUGUCGAAAGUGAGAGCGACACGGCUCGAUGUCGCAUCAUCGAGAACGCCGGGUACAUAGACUCGGAGUGCGGGGACAGCAACCCCUCAUACGCACCGGACGGGCCCACGCCCGUCCACAAAGCGAGCGCGCGGCCGCCGGACGUGGUGUAGUGUGCAAUACGGAAUGAUGUAACGUUCAGUGGGGAACGCGAAACGCUUCUAGUAUUUAAAGUUGUUAGUGGAUGUAGGUACUUCGGUCGCAUUUACCUACCCGUUCGAAUCUACGCUCAAGUUUGUAAAAGCUUUAUUGUUAUAUUUUUAUUCAGAGAUUUUAAUGAGUUCCCUGCCAUAUGGAAAUAUAAAUAUUUAAUAAACAUAUUCUGUCAUCGUUGUGAUGAAAUUACCAAUGAUACUAAACUGUUUGAUGUAAAUUAAAAAAAUAUAUUAUAUGACAAAAUAAA